CGGUAAUUUGAGGAGCAGUCCUUCCCCGGCGUGGUGCUGAGAGUGCUGAGCGCCGCCGUCCCUCCCUCAGCAUGUCGGCGAAAUUCCUGGCGCCGCAGAUCCAGGAUAACCCUACAGGAUGGGGCCCCUGCGACGUGCCCGAGCAGUUCAAGGACAUGCCCUACCAGCCGUUCUCUAAGGGCGACAGGCUGGGCAAGGUGUCGGACUGGACCGGAGCAACAUACCAGGACCGUCGCUAUGCCAUCAAGUAUCAGUCCACCUUUGGCAGUAUGCAGCAGUAUGCCUACUACCACGAGGAGGAUGAGUCAACCUUCCAGCACGUGUACAAGACCAAUGUUCCCAAGCCUCUGUACCAGCGCGGCCGCUACAUGCGCAACCAACGCAACAUGAAGAACCAGCGCAACCAGAAGGGGCAGCAGAUGCAGGUCCUGGGGAAGGGCAACAAGCGCGAGGGGCGCAGUUUUGGGUUCCAGAACAAUAAGAACUGGCAGAAGCAGCAGUACCAGCGUAACCGUUGGAACCGCGGCGGCCACCCCCCCAUCAAGAACCGGGAUGCCUCGGUGACGGUGCGGCCAGAGUGGAAGGUGAUCGAGGAGAUGGACUUCCCGCGCCUCUCCAAGCUGUCGCUGCCCAAUAUUGAGGACCCCAAGGACCUGUAUCUCUGUGGCUCACUGGAGUAUUAUGACAAGGCCUACGACCGCGUCACCGUCAAGAACGAGAAGAAGCUGACCCGCAUCAACCGCAUCUUCCACAAGGUCACCACCACCGAUGACCCCGUGAUCAGGCAGCUCACCAAGACGGAGGACAGCAAUGUAUACGCCACCGACGCCAUCCUGUCCACCAUCAUGUGCUGCUCACGCUCCAGCAACUCCUGGGACGUGGUGGUGCAGAAGAUCGCCGGCAAGCUCUUCUUUGACAAGCGGGACGACUCCGAGUUUGACCUGUUGACCGUGAGUGAGACCUCCAGCGAGCCGCCCCAGGAGGAAGGCAAUUCCCUCAACUCCCCCAGGAACCUGUCUCUGGAGGCCACCUUCAUCAACCACAACUUCUCCCAGCAAGUCCUGCGUAAUGAUGGUAACCGCUACAAGUUUGAGCACGACAACCCCUUCCUGGACGAGGAUGAAGAGGAUGAGGUGGCGCCAGUGGGCUACAGGUACCGCAAGUGGUGCCUCGGCAAUGACAUCAACCUGGUGGCUCGCACGGAACAUGACUCUGUACAGGCAGCUCCCAACAAUGAAAUACAGUUCAUCAAUAUUAAGGCCCUCAACGAGUGGGACUCCAAACACUCCGGCGGUGUUGACUGGCGGCAGAAGUUGGACACUCAGCGCGGCGCCGUGCUGGCCAACGAGCUGAAGAACAACGCGUGCAAGCUGGCCAAGUGGACCGUGCAGGCCAUACUAGCAGGCUCAGACCAGAUCAAGUUCGGGUAUGUGUCUCGUGUCAAUGUGCGGGACUCCACCAAGCACAUGAUUCUGGGCACGCAGCAGUUCCGGCCCAUGGAGUUCGCCAACCAGAUCAACCUGAGCAUGGACAACGCCUGGGGUAUCCUGCGCUGCAUCAUUGACAUCUGCAUGAAGCUGCCUGAUGGGAAGUACCUCAUCAUGAAGGAUCCCAACAAGGCAAUGAUCCGGUUGUACGACAUUCCUGACAACACCUUCGAAUCUGAUGAGGAGGACGGGGGUGAGAAGCAGACCGAGCCGGAGAAUAAGCACGAACUGGUUGACUGAAAUAAGGCAAAGCUCAGUGAAGCCCAAGACCAGCCAGCAAAGCCCACACCAGACAUUCAAGACAAGGAACGGACAUGAAAGAGCCUUAACCUGUAAUGAGCACCAGUAUAACCAAAGGCGGCAUAACAUAACUGUGCCUUUUAAAUAGCUGCUCAGUAAGGCUAUUUCUAAAGUAAAAAGAACAGUAUAUUAGUUAUUGUGUCAUCACCACCUGGGCUUACUUGUCACAUUCCUCAAGUAAAUCCAUCUGAGGUCUGGGCUUCCGCUGAGACCACUUUGCUGAAGCCAUGUAACUCAUUUUUUAAGUGAAGUAUUUGUUGAAGAAUAUUGUUUUGUAAGGUAUCUGGUAUCUAAUAAACAUUCGGUUAAAACAA